UGUCCAUCUUUCCGUGUCCAGGUCUUAUAAACGUUCUUACUUUAAUAUUAAAGUAAGAUGGACAUAGUUGUUUGCGCGCGCACACACACACACAUAACCGAAGGGGGGGUGUUUCUGCCAGAUUCUUUCGUUUUGUGCAAAAACGCGUCCAAUGAGCAUACCUUCAUUAAUAUUUGAGGAAGACCAGGGUAUAUAUGCCUCGAUGGUCAAGAAUAUGGUUCAAGAGAAUAAGUACAGGCUGAUUGUAAACAUUAACGAUUUGAGGCGGAAGAAUCCAGCGCGUUCAGUGAGCUUGCUAAACAAUUCCUUCGAGGAGCAGCUGGCGUUUGAAAACGCCCUGAAACAAUACAUCUCGAGUGUGGACAUUGACUAUGCCAAGAGCAACAAGGACUUCUUCGUGGCCUUUGAGGGAAGCUUCGGCAACAAGCACGUCACACCGAGAACCCUCACAUCUCGUUAUCUCGGUAACUUGGUCUGCGUCGAAGGCAUCGUCACAAAAUGUUCGCUGGUACGCCCGAAGGUCGUGAGGAGUGUCCACUACUGCGACGUCACGAAAACCGUCCUGGAGAGAGCCUACUCGGACCUGACGUCGUUGGACGCCUUCCCGCACUCCGCUAUUUAUCCGACUACCGAUGAGGACGGCAAUCCACUGGAAACCGAGUUCGGUUUGUCGACCUACAAGGAUCACCAGACGCUCACCAUACAGGAGAUGCCGGAGAAAGCGCCGGCUGGCCAGUUACCGCGCAGCGUCGACGUCAUCUGCGACAAUGACCUGGUGGACCUGUGCAAGCCCGGUGACCGAGUGCAGAUCGUCGGGAACUACCGGUGCCUGCCGGGCAAGCAGGGUGGCUACACAACUGGCACAUUCAAGACCGUCCUGAUCGCCAACAACGUGAUGCAACUGAGCAAGGAGGCUAACCUGGCGAUCUCCCACGAGGACGUGGCGAUGUGCAAGAAACUGGCGAAGCACAAUCCCUGUAAGAAUAUUUUUGAGCUCCUGGCGAAGUCCCUCGCGCCGUCUAUCCAUGGCAAUGAAUACAUAAAGAAAGCGAUCCUGUGUCUCCUUCUGGGCGGAGUGGAGAAGAUCUUGCCAAACGGUACGAGGCUAAGAGGUGAUAUAAACGUGUUGCUGAUCGGCGACCCGUCGGUGGCCAAGUCGCAGCUACUGCGUUACGUGCUGUGUACAGCCCCGCGAGCAAUUCCAACCACCGGAAGGGGAUCCUCCGGUGUCGGCCUGACGGCGGCGGUCACGGUCGACCAGGAGACCGGUGAGCGCAGGCUGGAAGCGGGCGCGAUGGUGCUGGCGGACCGCGGUGUCAUUUGCAUCGACGAGUUCGACAAGAUGUCGGACAUUGAUAGAACGGCGAUACACGAGGUGAUGGAGCAAGGCAGAAUCACGAUUGCCAAGGCGGGCAUUCACGCCAGCCUGAACGCGCGUUGCUCCGUACUGGCGGCUGCGAAUCCCGUGUACGGAAGGUACGACCAGUACAAGACACCCAUGGAGAACAUCGGCCUGCAAGACUCCCUGCUGUCGCGUUUUGACCUACUCUUCGUUAUGCUGGAUGUAAUCGAUUCGGAUCAGGACCACAUAAUCAGCGAUCACGUCGUCAGGAUGCACCGGUACAGGAGUCCUCUGGAGCAGGACGGGGAAGCCCUGAGCCUAGGCUCGAAGCUGGACAUGCUGACGACGAAAAAUCCGGACGACGUAGCCACGGAGAAGACGCAGCUGCAAGUUUACCAGAAGUACGAUCCCCUGCUGCACGGACAGUCACGUUCCAAAAAUGACCAGAUCCUCAGCAUACAAUUCAUGAGAAAGUACAUUCACAUCGCUCGUUGCAUGAAGCCAAAGCUUACAGAGGAGGCCAGCGCCGUUAUCGCCGAAGAGUACUCGAAACUCCGUUCGGAAGACGUGGUGGAGUCCGACGUGGCCAGGACACAACCGGUGACCGCGAGAACGCUGGAGACGCUGAUUCGACUGGCUACGGCACACGCGAAGGCGCGGCUGUCGAAAAACGUGGACAGCGAGGACGCGCGCGCCGCGAUCGAGCUGGUGCAGUUUGCCUACUUCAAGCGCGUGCUGGAGAAGGAGGGCAAGAAGCGACGACGCCGCGACAGCGGUGCAUCGGAUACGGAGGACGAAGUGGAGGAGAGCAGGCGGCAACCGAAGCGCACCAAGAAAACGAACGAGGAUGACCCUUACGAGUACGACAGCGAUGACGCGCACGUCGAGGAGAUGACCAUGAGAGUGACCAGAACACAGUCGCAGAAGAGCACUACGCGUUCGUCGCCGAGCCGCACGGAGAGCCGCACCGAGAGCGCGGAAAUGUCCGUUCCGGAAAAAGCGACGCCGACCAUCACGGAGGAAAGACUCGCAGUCUUCAGGUCGUCGCUCAACAAGUUGUUUCAAGACCGAAGGACCCAAACGAUUCCGCUGGCGGAAGUCACCAGUUACCUGAACACCGCGCGUUCGUUGGACUUCACGCCCGACGAGAUCGACGCGGCUAUCGACACCAUGACGAACGCGAACCAGAUCAUGGCCGCGGACGGCAACAUUUUCCUGAUAUAAAGAGUACGGUGCGGUGUAACAUCACGUACGUUUUGCAUUUUGCUUUGGACAACUGAAACGGGAGUGCCAUUCCUAGGCGGUUAAUUUAUUAAUUAAGUUGGAGAUAUUUUUAUACGUUUGCAUCAGUGAUUGCGCGGCGAUUGUAUCAUACUAUGAAGAGUGUAAUAAUAUAGCAAUAAAUAUUAAUCAGCAGUA